AUGGCUUUCACAGAUAUCGAAGAAGCAUACACCUCUCUCAAGGAGGUAAUUGUAUCCAAUGACUUUGAUGAAGAGUUCUUGAACUUAAAAGCACCGGAGCCAAAAGAUAUAGAAAAAUCUGUCGAGGAAGAGAACCAGGAUAUAUACAAUCGGUUCAUUAAGCCAACUAAUGCUUUAUCUUGGGAAUUACUAGACCUGGUACAGGAGUUACCUCCCAUGAAUUUUAUGGGCAACAAGUCCCUAGAUGUAAGUAAUAUCGCUGAAGAUAGUUAUGAUUACAAAAAGUUUAUUAGCUUGCCUCAACCACAGUGCAAAACUUCCUAUUUCUUUAAGAGAAGAGGGAUAGAGGGGAAAAUCACAGACUACAAGGAACAGGUAUCACUAAAGGAUAUAGCUAAUGCAAAUGCAUCAAACUCACUGUCUUUAAAUCGUUCAAUUAACUUUCAUGGUAAUACCGUUCGGGGAUCCACUGCACAGUUACCCUUUACACCUGGUGGUGUAGUCAUGGAUGCCUUCAAGCCUGAUGGCAAGAACAAUAGCUCUUCAACUAGUACUGCAUUGAAGUUAUUACACAAGGAUGAACAGGGACUAUUUGAUAUUCCAGAGGGCUUUAAAAGAGGUAUUAUUCCUAAUGUAUCUGAAUCCAGUUAUCAAGAGUAUGAUAUUCAAGAUAUGGAAACACUUAAUGAGGUUGAUAACGAAUCUAAAAUCGAAGAAGAUUAUAACAAAGAAAUACUGAGAACAGAAGAAGCAGUGGAGAAGAACACUCUAGAUUUAAUAAAUGCCACUAGCAAGAAAGCAGAUCCAUCACUAAAUGACAUAGAUGACCUGUUACCAAUGGGGAUAGAUUUUGGCCGUACUAUAAUGAAAUCCAAUAAAGAUACGAAAAUGAAAGAAUGGGCUCAUGUUGUUGAUCUGAAUCAUAAAAUUGAAAACUUUUCUGAGUUGAUUCCAAAUCCAGCUAGAACUUGGCCUUUUGAGCUCGAUACUUUUCAGAAGGAAGCCAUCUAUCAUUUGGAACAGAGUGACUCUGUAUUUGUCGCUGCUCACACAUCUGCGGGUAAAACAGUGGUUGCAGAGUAUGCCAUUGCGAUGUCGAAAAGAAAUAUGACAAAAACAAUCUAUACUUCACCAAUUAAAGCGCUUUCAAACCAGAAAUUCAGAGAUUUCAAAGAAACAUUUGAAGAUGUUGAUAUUGGUUUAAUAACAGGUGAUGUCCAAAUAAACCCGGAAGCUAACUGCUUAAUCAUGACGACUGAAAUUUUAAGGUCAAUGCUUUAUAGAGGUGCAGACUUAAUCAGAGAUGUUGAAUUUGUUAUUUUUGAUGAAGUCCAUUAUGUUAACGACCAAGAUAGAGGUGUGGUUUGGGAAGAAGUUAUUAUCAUGCUACCUCAACAUGUCAAGUUUAUUCUGUUAUCAGCCACUGUCCCAAACACUUACGAAUUUGCUAAUUGGAUUGGAAGAACAAAACAGAAAAAUAUAUAUGUUAUCUCAACUCCAAAGAGACCUGUUCCGUUGGAGAUUAAUAUCUGGGCUAAAAACGAACUGAAACCUGUAAUUAACGAGAAGAGGGAAUUUUCUGAUGCAAAUUUCAAAAAACACAAAUCCUUGAUAGAUGGUAAAUCGGCAAAAGAGCUGACAAGUAAGAAUAGCACAGCGACAAAUUCUCGUGGUGGAGCAGCUACAAGAGGAAGAGGUGGCUCAUCAAGAGGUAAUUCUGCGAGAGGAGGGAGAGGUGGAAGAGGAGGAUCCCGUGGUGCUGGUGCUAUAGGUUCUAAUAAGAGUCAAUUUUUCAGAAAGGGUGGUCCAAACAAAAAAACAUGGCCAAAUCUGGUCGAUUAUUUGAGGAAAAAGGAACUGCUUCCUAUGGUUGUAUUUGUAUUCAGUAAAAAGAGAUGUGAAGAAUAUGCUGAUUGGCUAGAUGGUAUUAAUUUCUGUGAUGCAAAAGAAAGAUCUCAAAUUCAUAUGUUUAUCGAAAAAUCUAUAACUAGAUUGAAAAAGGAAGAUAGAGAUUUACCCCAAAUUCAAAAAAUCAGAUCCUUACUAGAGCGUGGUAUUGCUGUACAUCAUGGUGGUCUAUUACCGAUUGUAAAAGAAUUGAUUGAAAUAUUGUUCUCUAAAGGAUUUAUUAAAGUCCUUUUUGCUACUGAAACGUUUGCUAUGGGUCUAAACUUGCCUACCAGAACAGUUGUUUUUAGCGAAAUUCAAAAGCAUGAUGGUAAUGGCUUAAGGGACCUAACUCCUGGUGAGUUUACUCAAAUGGCAGGGAGAGCUGGUCGUAGAGGUCUUGAUACAAUUGGUACUGUUAUUGUUAUGGCUUAUACCGAUCCUUUACCCGUUACAUCAUUUAAAGAAGUAACACUUGGUGUACCAACUAAACUAGAAUCGCAGUUUAGAUUGACCUAUAAUAUGAUUCUGAAUCUUUUAAGGAUCGAAGCAUUAAAGGUUGAGGAAAUGAUUAAAUACUCUUUCAGUGAGAAUAGCAAGCAAACAUUACAGCCUGAACACGAAAGAAAAAUCAAUGAACUAAAAGAAAAAAUGGAUAAAAUAAAGUUAAAUGAAGAUUGUGCGUAUUGUUCAAAAGAUUCAGAACAACUUUUGGAUUUAAUUGUUCGUUAUCAAGAUGUUACAUCUACUAUGAUGACAGAAUUAGCAAAGACUGAUGUGAUCUUAAAAACAUUAAAAGUAGGAAGAUUAGUUGUUUACAGAGACAAUGAAGGAUUCCAUAAGCUUGGCUUUAUUUUCAGACUAAACAUUCGCGAAACUAUGGCAAUUGUGCUAUGCGUCUCAAAACCUAAUGGGCUUCCAAAUGGUAAACCUAACUAUUUGCCUUAUCUUGCUUCCAAUCCAAGAUAUAUUCAGAAGAACUUCCAAAGUUUCAAAUCUUGUAGUUAUGUUGCAGAAAAUGUACCUUUAGAAGAAAUUGAGCUUGUAACAGCCUUCACUUUAAGAACGUCAUUGAAUGAUCUAACUAAAGGGGACAAGGCAGCCCAAGAGCAAUUUAAUAAGGAAGUUUCUACACUUUUGAAAAUAUCCAAGAAUUUGAAGGAAUCUGAAGCAGAAAAGAAAGCAAAUAUAAAAGUUCAUCAAAAUGCAAUAGAGAGAAAGAAUAUCAGUACUGAAUUGAUUAAGCUAUCGUCCAUCAAAUGUCCAAAUCUGGCGGAGCAUUUCUUGCCUAUCUAUGAGAAGUAUAAUUUGGGCAAAGAAAUAAAAAACCUUUACCACUUGAUGUCAGAUCAAAACUUGAAUCUAUUACCCGACUAUGAAAAGAGACUAACUGUUUUAUACAAGACUGGAUUCAUUGAUAAAAACCACAAUGUAUUAUUAAAGGGACGUGUUGCUUGUGAAAUCAAUUCCGGAUACGAGCUAGUGUUAACGGAGUUGAUUCUAGACAACUUUUUGGGUAAUUUUGAACCGGAAGAAAUAGUGGCCCUUCUUUCUGUAUUUGUAUAUGAGGGAAGAACGAGAGAAGAAGAAAUGCCUGUAAUAACUCCAAGGUUGACAAAAGGUAAAGAUAGAAUCGAAGAAAUUUAUAAGAACAUGCUGUCAGUAUUUGAAGAAGAGCAGAUACCACUAACUAAGGACGAGGCAGAAUUUCUGGAAAGAAAACGUUUCGCACUAGUUAAUGUCGUAUAUGAGUGGGCAAGAGGUAUGUCAUUUAAAGAGAUCAUGGAAAUAAGUCCGGAAGCUGAAGGUACCGUUGUCAGAGUAAUCACUUGGCUAGAUGAAAUCUGCAGGGAAGUUAAAACGGCUUCUGUCAUCAUUGGUAACACUAACCUUCACUUAAAGAUGACUAGGGCCCAAGAGCUUAUUAAAAGAGAUAUCGUUUUUGCAGCAAGUUUAUAUUUAUGA